AAUGCACUUCAUGAUUUUAAUAACAACAAAUGGAAUAUAUUUUCAUUCUCUUUGUAUUUUUUUGUCAAUAUGGUACAAUAUUAUCUUAUAUAAAUCAAUGAGAUAAACGUGUUAGGUCAAAAGUAAUCUAAAAGAUCAGAAAGUAGUCUGAUUAUAUCACAUACAAUGUGUACUGUAAUUUUUAAUCAUUUAUCAUUUUUAUAAUUUGGAAUCAGUAACGGACUUCAAUUUGUAAGUCAUCUACCCACCAGUGUCUAUACGUUCCUCUGCAAUAGUGGUUUUCAACUAUUGGAUCCCAUAUUUGUUCUGAGAGAAGUCCCAAUAAUAAAAAUAAUUUAGCCACAUAAUCAUGUAGGAGAGCAGAGAAAACACCUCCUAUUGGCACAAAAGCUAUUCAGUCUAUUGAGUCUCAGAAAUACUUUAAUGAUUAAAAGUUCCAUUGCAUAAUGUUAUUCUGAUGAAGGUAAUUAAUAUGGUGUUUAUCUCACACUUUCCACAGAUGCAGGAACAAGUGAUGCAGGGAGCAUUUCAAAUCAGAAAGAAACUCAGACAAGCACAUCAAUCUUACCCACAAACACCACUAUACAACAACAAAACACAGACACCGCUGGGAGAAUUUCUAAUCAGAAAGAAACUCAGACAAGCACAUCAAUCUUACCCACAAGCACCACUAUACAACAACAACACACAGACACCACAGGGAGCAUUUCUAAUCAGAAAGAAACUCAGACAAUCACAUCAAUCUUACCCACACGCACCACCAUACAACAACAAAACACAGACACCACAGGGAGCAUUUCUAAUCAGAAAGAAACUCAGACAAGCAUGUCAAUCUUACCCACAUGGACCACUAUACAACAACAAAACACAGACACCACAGGGAGAAUUUCUAAUCAGAAAGAAACUCAGACAAGCAUGUCAAUCUUACCCACACGCACCACUAUACAACAACAAAACACAGACACCACAGGGAGCCCUUCUAAUCAGAAAGAAACUCAGACAAGCAUGUCAAUCUUACCCACAUGGACCACUAUACAUCAACAGAACACAGACCCCACAGGUAUAA